AUGGGGAUAAUUGAUAUGCUUAUUAUUAGCUUCUCAUUCUUAUCAUCAAUCUCAGUAGUCUUUCUCUCAUACAAAUGGCUAAGUAAACAAAAAGCUGCUAAGCAAUUCCCACUCCCUCCAGGCCCCAAGUCAUGGCCUGUAGUGGGAUGCUUCCCUCAAAUGCUUAGAAACAAGCCGGUUUUCCGGUGGAUUCUCAAUCUCAUGGAGGAGAUGAACACCGAAAUCGCCUGCUUCCGCCUUGGGGGAACCAAUGUGAUUUCAGUAACAUCGCCGGAGGUGGCGCGUGAGAUACUGAUGAAACAAGACGCGGUUUUUGCGUCAAGGCCGGCCUUCGCGUCGGCACAGCUGAUAAGCAGUAAUUAUUUGAUCUCCUUCGUUUCCCCUCUGGGCGACCAGUGGAAGAAAAUGAGGAGAGUUCUUACCUCUCAUGUGCUCUCUCCCAACACCCUUAACUGGCUGGCUCACAAGCGGGCGGCAGAAGCCGACCACCUCGUACGUUACAUCUACAAUCAGUGUAGAAACGCCGCAGGUUGCGGAGUAGUGGAUGUGAGGGCGGCGGUGAGACACUUCUGUGGGAAUGUGGUUAGGCAGAUGGUGUUCAGCAAGAGGCAUUUCGGCGCAGGGGUGGAAGACGGCGGGCCCGGCGUGGAGGAAGAGGAGCACGUUAAUGCCACCUUUGGUGUUCUUGCUUAUGUGUAUUCUUUUGGGAUCUAA